UAAGUUUGCAUGUGUCUACCAUUCAUUUUGAAUAAUUAAUAUAAUAUAACUGUUAAAUAAUAUUUAUAUUUAGUAUUAAAUUCUGUUAUUGACACUUUUCAUUGAUUAUAGUGAUUCAGAUCGAUCAUCUUGUCUUCUUCAUUAAAUCAGCAUGGUUGGGUUAAUAUCAAGAUUGAAAACCAAGCAAAUGGUUCAUGAUUGUUUGUCAAUCGUUAAGAGAAUGUCUACCCGAGCUCUUCGAGAUCCAGAAGAUAAAGUGAGAGAAGUAAGAUUAAGUUAUCUUGAUGGAAAAGACAAUGGAAUAGCUGUGCUAAGUUUGAACAGACCUGAAGCAAAAAAUGCUUUGAGUAAGAACAUGGUAGCAGAAUUGCUGAAAGCAGUCUCUAUCAUUCAUCAGGAUGAAAAAAUUCGAGUACUUAUUGUCCGUAGUUUAGUACCAAAAAUAUUUUGUGCUGGUGCCGAUUUACGUGAACGUUUCCAAAUGAGUGAAGAUGAUAUUCGUCAGUAUAUUCUCUCUCUACGGAGUUUUAUGAAUGAUCUUGAAUUGGUACCUGCUCCAGUGAUAUCAGCGAUUGAUGGUGCAGCUUUAGGUGGAGGAUUAGAGCUUGCGCUAGCAACUGAUAUCAGAACUGCUGUAAGUGAAGCGAAAAUGGGUCUGGUGGAGACCAAAUGGGCAAUUAUUCCAGGAGCUGGAGGUACUCAGAGACUACCAAGGGUCAUUGGACCUGCGAAAGCAAAAGAAUUGAUUUAUACUGCUAAAAUUAUUGAUGCUAAUGAAGCUAAAGAAAUAGGAUUGAUAAACCAAGUCGUACCUCAAAAUAAAAUUGGAGAUGCUGCUUAUCAAUCAGCUCUAGAAAUUGCUCGUCAAAUUCUUCCUAAUGGUCCUAUUGGUGUCAAGAUGGCUAAAGUAGCUAUCUCCAAAGGAAUUGAGAUGCCUAUAGAGGGUGGAUUUCAAAUAGAAAAAAAAUGCUAUGAACAGCUACUUCAUACUAAAGACCGCAUUGAAGGAUUAGCUGCUUUCUCUGCCAAACGCAUUCCUAUAUAUCAAGGAAUUUAAUUUUUUAAAUGUGAUCGGGGUUAACCCUUGUGUUCAUACCCGGGUACUCGAGUGUCCACAGUGUUAUAUUUGCAUAAAAAAAAAUAAUAAUUUAAUAUUGAGCUCCCGGCUCAAAAGCAAUUAAA